UUUGUUUUUAGUAACAUUACUUAAUUUUUUAAUAAGAAAUUUUCAGCAUUAUAUUAGUUGUACUAUCAACACUACAUGUUCUAUGUUUUCUUCAUCCCCACUUGCCCUCUCUGAAUUGUAAUGAUUUCCCCUACUUUCCCUACCAUACAAAGGAAAUGGACAGACUCAACUCAAAGCUAUACUUACAAAAUGUGUACAUAAUGGCUGAAAAUGAGAGGCUAAGGAAAAAAGCUGAGCUUCUGAAUCAAGAAAAUCAACAACUUUUGAAUGAACUUAAGCAUAGGCUUUCAAAAGCAAAUGGUGCUGGUUCUAGUGGAGGAAAAAACAACAACAAUAUUCCUGAUCUUAAUCUCACCAAUUGUUCUUCCUCCAAAUCUGCUUCAAAAUCCAACAAAAAAUAAAAAAUAAAUUAAAUAUUAUCAUGGGUCCCACCUAGUCAUUGAACUACUAGUAUUAUGGUUUUUUUUUUGGGGUGUUAAAUAUUAAAUAUUAGUAGUAUUAUUAUAGUAGUAGUCAAAUAGUUGGAAGUUAUGGAUGUUGAUCUUUUGCAGUUUUAGUUAUAUGUAGUAGUAGAAUAGGUAGGAGGAGGAAGGAAUAUAUAUUUUUCUGUUUACAUAUUUUGUUUUUUUUAGUAUUG